CUGACAUUAAUUUGUAACAUGCAGUCAGUUGUAAUCCAGUCAAGAAAAUAGAGAAAUUGCAGCAGUGUUUCUUUCCUGGAUUUCACAUUUUUCAGCAUGUCGUCCGAUAUGUCUGCAAUUGAACUCCUUAAACUAGGAGACGCAGGAAGAACUAAACCUUUCCUAAAUGUAUAUUGGCCACAUAUAAUUGGUACUUUUUUCGGCGUAGCCACAGGAGUUGCCAUCAACUUUGGCACGAGACGUCCUUUACUGAGCGGUAUACAGAAACAUGUACUUGGAAUAGCUGGCUGGGUAGGAGCUUUAUCUUAUGUCCAAAAAAAACGUGACGACUAUUUUGCUGAAAAAAACGCAGUUUUUCUACAUUAUGUUGAGUUACAUCCUGAAGAUUUUCCAGUUCCAGGUAAAUAUUCCCUGCAUAUUUGCAUAUCCAUUAGUACUAAGAUCAUAUUUUAGUAGCAUGUUUAUAGUAAAAAUAUUAAUUUAUUUAAAAUAAACAAGAUAUAAAAUAAAAUAAAUAAAAAUAGCUUUUAUUCUCUAUUGUACAUGUUAAAAGUGACUUAACUUAAAAUUAAAACUUAGUUUAAUCGCUGACAUCGGUACGUGUACAAACAGGUUGUCCUUGGACAUAGGCCUCCUCCAAAUGGGCCCAUUGGCUCCUAUCUGUGGCUGCUCGUUGCCAACUCUUGGGUAGAUCGUCUUCCCAUCUUUUAUGUUGUCUACCUCUACUACGUUUAUCAUCUCGGGGGUACCACUCAAAAAUAUCCUUUGUCCACUUGUUCCUCUUCGACCUCAUGAUAUGUCCAGUCCAUCUCCACUUCAGUGUUUUGACUUUUCUGGUUACAUCUACCACUGUCGUCUUUUUUCUUAUGGCAGAGAGACAAACUUUGUCUUUUAGUUUGACACCUACCAUACUUCUUUCGAUUCCUUGUUGGCAUACUUUUAAUCAUUGUGUUGUAUGUUUUGAGUAGGACCAUGUUUGACAUCCAUAGGUGAGUACUGGAAGUAUGCAAGUGUCAAACACUUUCUUUUUGUGUAGGCUAGGCAUAUCAUUGUUUUUCAUUAUUUGUUUCAGGGACCAGUAUCGUGACCAUGUGUUAUUAGUUCUACAUUGUAAUUCUUUUUGCAUUUGUAGUUCUGUUGCUAUCACUUGUCCCAAAUAUAUAUACUCAUCAACGUAUUCAAUUAGUUCAUUUUUUAUGCGAAUAUUUAUUUUGGAACCAUUGGUCAUACCCUUGGUCUUUGUCAGGUUCAUGGUUAACCCUGCUUUCUCACUUUCCUCCGCAAGUUUUAUCAGCAUGUGUUGAAGCACUGCUGGACAUUCCGCAAACAAUACAAGAUCAUCAGCAAACUGUAGAUGGUGUAAUUUGGUACCAUUGAUGUUUAUUCCUAGUUCUGCCCAAUCUAGGUUUCUGAAUAUUUCCUCUAAAACUGCAGAAAACAGUGUAGGAGACAUAGGGUCCCCCUAUCUUACUCCCUUCUCUAUUCUAAACUCUUCUCCAAUUUUCUCCAACUGAACUUUUGACGUACUUCUUCCAUAUCGAUACUUGUAAUUUCAAUUGACGUAAAGCACAAAACCUGACUUUUCAGGAGAGCCAAAAUAAGAUUUAUUUCAAUUACUUAAAUUCAUUACGCUUUUGUUUUUACAGUUAUAAAAAAGUGAUGUAGACAAAAUAUUCCUAAAAUCUUGUGAUGCAGAGGAUGAAAUAUUUAGUUUUAUGUUUAGUUUAUUAUUUUAGAAAAUAGAUGUGCUUUACAUCUAGGCAAAAUCAUUAAAAUGUUCUUUAUGUCCAUUUUUAUUAUGAUGUUUAGAUGCGUUUUGGGCGAAAAGCUCAAUUGAAAAAAACAAUAUUCUCUACGCCCCAAAAAUAAAUGUUUAAGAGUAUUUAUAUUGUCAAGAGUAUUUAUACACAGGUGUAAAGCUAAUAGAAAAAGUUAGAUAAUCUUAUAUUUUGAAUUAAAGAACUAAUUUUAUUUUUUCAUUAGGCGGUGAAGCAUACAUAGCCUUCAAGUCAUUUUAAAUAGCAUGUGUUGCCUAGGGCUUACAAUAGAUAACUAACAAGCAAAAGAAUAGUCUAAAGAAUAAAUUGUAUUUUUUUUAUUUAGAACAUCUUAAACAUAUUAGAAUAGGCAAUCAUCAGCGUAGUACUAGGUUACUUUGGUCAUAUGGCCCGGAGAAAGCCCGACAACUAAGACAGUAUAGUUGUUAUGGGAUAAGUAAAUGGUAAAAGACGAAAAGGCCGUUCACCUGUCCGUUGGUUAGACCAAAUAAAAGACAUUACAGGAUUCAGUCUACCGACUGCCCUAAGACGAGCCGAAGAUAGAGUGGAUUGGAGAGACCUCGUCACCGUCUCAGUAAAGGCAAUUCAGGAAAUUGAUUUCCUUCAGGAAUGAAGCCUUCAAUGAAGAAGAAGUCAAUAUUUAGCAAAAUAAUAAGGUUUAAUAAGUUCAAAUACCUAAAUUGGUUAAUUGAUUCAGCUGAGGAGCCGUCAAUAUGUUCUAGGCAACCAACAGAAUUUAUCUAAAUGAUGUAUAUUUUAGCUUACGCGUCUGUCGUCGGUAUAUUUAGUCGUCGUCUAAAUAUACCGCUUUCAGUAAAAAAAAUGUUAAAACAUUACUGUAAGUCUAAGAUCCCAAGAGAAGUCGUCCUUCAUCCAUAUUCUGCCUACCAGACGAAAAGAACGUUUGUCAAGUAGUUUUUUAAAGAAAACAAAUCGCAAUUUCAUUCCCUAUUGAUAUUGUUCAAGACGUUAAAAAAAAUGAGUAAAAACAUUUAUUUAAACAAUUAAAUGGGUUUAAAAGGUGAAAUUCAUUAAAUAUUCUAAAACUAUAGACGUAAAGCCUCCUACGCCAAUUUUCUAACAAAACAUGUUACCAAAUCAAGUUUUAUCCAAUUGCCGUUAGCAAAACUGUUAGGCCACCCCACUAAACGGUUAGCAAACAAUGUUAUAGUGUUAGCAAACACGAAAACACGGCGCAGGAGACUCAGCUUAAAGCUUUAUUUUUAGCUUUUUGAUACAAUGAAGGUCCUUUGGGGGGGUCAGUAUACCAGCUUGCACCCAGCACUGCAUACUUUUGUUUGAUGCUGCUGUACCGACAUUCAUAGUUUGUUUUGUUUGUCAAAUUAUUAAUUGAAAUAGAGUCCAAAUUAUAUUUGUUGUGAUUUUAUUAAUAGGUUAAAGAACAAAAUCAAUGUUGAUACCUGAGGAACAUACAAUAAUAUUAUUCGUCUCGGGGGUAUAUGUUAGUAAGGUGGCGACUGUAUUGACAUUAACACUUAAUCAGGUAAUACACAAUAGCUACUUUAAAAGAUAUUUAUUCGCUCAAAAUUAAGGAAAGUAAAUACACAUUAUUUAAAAAAAGUGUGCUUUACGCCCUUUUAUGUUUACAGAGUGAUCAAAAACUUGACUUAAAUCACAUUUAGCUAUUUAAAUAGUAAAUGGUUGGGCUGUUAAAAACAAAAUGAAAUUAUGACGUUCCUUACGUUACAUAUUCAAUGUGUCUAAAAUCGUUAUUAAUGGCCGCAUUGCCAUGAGAAUUAUACAGAAAAAAAGAGAAAAAAAAAUUAAAUAAGAUGGCAUUCAUAACUCAUUUUGGCCAAAAUGUGCUUUACGUCAAUUGAGAUUACAGGUAUCGAUAUAUUUGCGAAAUUAUUCUUAUGUAUUUAUGGUUAACCCCCUGUUUGUGGAGUGCUCUAUACAGAAAAUUGUGGUCUAACGAGUCGAAUGCCUUGCUAUAAUCUACGAAAGCCAAGUAGUAUGAUUUUCUGUAUUCAUUGUAUUUUUCAAUUACUUGUUUCACUAUGUGUAUAUGGUCGAUAGUGGAAAAGUCUCUCCGGAAACCAGCUUGCUCUCUGGGUUGCUGUUCAUCCAGACAUUUUGUUAGUCUUCUGAGUAAGAUUUUAGCAAAGAUUUUAUACAUAUUCGACAUUAGACUAAUAGGUCUAGUUGUCUAUAUGGUUUUUGUCUCCCUUUUUAUGGAUGAGAAUUAUCGUUGAUUUAGUCCAUUGUUUAGGAAUCUCCUCUUUAUGUAGGAUCUCAUUAAAUAGGCAGGUUAGACUUGGUCCUAUGAUGUCUACAGUCUCCUUUAUGAGCUCGUUGGUAAUCUUGUCAUCUCCUGGAGCUUUAUUAGAUUUUUGUAACAUUACAGCUUUUCUGACUUCACUUGGUAGGAUGUCUGGUAUUGCUUCAUCUUCUCUUGAGAUAUCUUCCAAAGCUGAAUUGUCCUUACCUUUACUUUUACAAUAGAGGUUUUUGUAAUAAUUUGUUGCAACAGUGCCUAUUUCUGAUCUAUUGCCAGUAAUUGUGUAUUUUCCUUGGUCGUCUUUAGUUCUCACAUUUGGCAACCAGGUCUUAUGGUCUUUAAGUUGUUUCCAUGCCUUCUGUACACCUCCGGUUUUCUCUAUUUCAGUUUUUAUUAUGUUUAAUUUGUUUUCUUUGUUGUGUUUUCUAAUACUCUCUGUGAUUUCCUUGCUGAUGGUUUCUAUUCUCUUUGUAUUAUUUCUUCUGUCGUGAAAAAGGGUUCUUCUUAUUUCUAUAAGUCUUCGGGCAUUUUCGCCAAUUCUAUUUUUCCUUGUUUUAUUCUUUGUCAUUCCUUUACAGAUAUUUAAUAUAAAGUUCUCCAUUUCAUCGUAUUUUUGCUCAGUUGCUUUUUCCGACUGCUUAUCGGGUAUCAUCUUUUCCAGUUCCGAUUUGACCUCAUCAGCCAAACGAGGCACUAUUCGGUGUAUGUCACAAUUAAAGUAUUUCCUUGAUUUUCUAGUGUUCUGUGUUAUUAUAGUUCCUCUUACCAUUCUAUGGUUUGUGUUGAUAUUUAGUCUAUUAAUGAUUUCUACAUUGAUAAAUUGGUAAGGCAUGUUGGUUAGAAUAAAAUCAAUGGCAUUCUUAUGUUUUCCAUCAGGAGAGAUCCAGGUCCAUUGUCUUGCUUUUUUUUCUUGAACAUACUAUUCAUUAUUUUGAGGUUAUAUUCCAUUGCAUAUUCUGCGACCAUUUCUGUUUCUUUUGCCCGUAUUAUAUUGACCAAUUAUAUGUUCUUCCCCUUCCUGUGCUGCUCCAACUUGGCUGUUGAAGUCUCCUAUCAAAUUUUUUUGUUUGUUUGUUACCUCCAUCGUUUGGUGUAAUGCGUCGUAAAAUUGGUCUUUUUCUUCUUCUGCAUUUUGUUCAGUUGGUGCAUAUACUUGGAUAAUCGAAACAGCUUUUUCUAGACCGGGUAGUUUUAUGUUGAGGUCUGCAAUCAUAUCAGACUUACUUUGGAUUUGUUCUAUAUAUUCUUUAUGUUGUUUUUUAACUAAAAAUCCGACUCCAUACAUUCCCUGCUUUUCGCCAUUAAAAUAAAAUAUAUAGUCGUCGUACUCCCUUAACUCUUCUCCCAUUCGCCUUACUUCGCUGAUUCCGACUAUAUCCCAAUUCACUACUUCCAAGGCCUUUUGUAAUUCUGCUAGGUGUUCUUCGGUUCUAAGUGUCCUCGUAUUAACAGUGGAUAUGUAGAAUUUAUUUCUAUUUCCUUUAUUGCCUUUCAAUGGUGUUUUAGGCUUUUUAUGUGUUGGCUCAGGCUGGUGGUGUCUUCCUUUUGGGACCUUUGUAUUGUGAAAGUUGUUGUUUUUGUUUAUUAUUAUUUGGAGGGUAGUGAUCUCUUGUCCUACAGGGACCAGCCGGAUGGGGACGUUUAGUGUGUUUUGCAUUUUUAUUCGUUUUAGGUAUCUGGUUGAUGAAGUUCCGCUUGCCGAUGUCCGCUAAUUGUUAAUUGGCGUUUGGUUCGCUAUGGGAGCUUGAUCUAGCUCUCAUUUGUUUGAAUGUUUUUAUUUUAUUCAUCUUCGCAGGUGCUUUUUGGUAAGAAUUCUCAGUUAAUGGUGACUUUGAUGGUGAUCUCUUUCUUUUUUCCUUGUUGUUGUCUCCCUUAUUUAGAAGUAUCAAUUUAUCGUAUCGUAUAAAAGCGGAAUGAACUUUUUCUUCUUCCUCGCGGAGCUUAAGUUGUAGCUCCUUUCUCUUCUCAAGGACGUCUUUUGGGAAAUCUUCCGUGGCGUAUAUUCCUUCUGGUAAGAUUUUUUUUGUUUUUAAGUAACUCUACUUUUCUCCAAGUCAAAGUAAAAUUGACGAGUAUUGGCCUCACACGGUUCUCUUCCUUCUUCCCAAUACGGGUCACUCUACCUAAUUCCCAUUGGUCCCAUGCAUCAGUUUUUACCUUCUCACUGAUGUUAUUAAGAAUAUUCAGUACAAUUUCCAUUAAUUCUUUGAAAGAGGUCUCAUUUUCAGGAACACCAUGUAGUAUUAUGUUGUUUUUAUGUGAUUCUUUUUCCAAAUUUGUUAAUUUUUCAUUAAGUUUUAUCACUUCCUUUUUCAGCAAUUCAUUUUCUUCUAAGAUUGGCUUUAUUUUUUCCUCUAAGGCCUCCGACAUUUUUAAGGUAAUAUUUAGUGUCAGGGCGAUAGUUUGUUGUUCCAAUUUUUCUUCCAACCUUUUCCACAUAAUUUCAAACUGUUGCUCCAUUGCUAUGUGUUUUCUACUAAAUUGGUAGUUUCUUUUUUUCGCCUGGUAUGUUUGUUCGGUUUCUGAACGUUUUUAAUUGUCUGUGGUUUGUUUUUUUUUUAUAGUUGGUAGCUCUGAUAACAAUAACAGUGUCAGGUUCUACGAUAGGUUAUAGGUGUAGUUAUAUAGAUGGAAUUUCGUACCUUUACUGACGAUUUCUGUGCUUUCCAAUAUGUUUUCGCACAAAACUGUAUUUGAUUUGUAUGUCGGCAGUCUUGAUCUUCGUAAUAAUACCACUUUCAGUGCGCGGAUGUUAAUAUUUACUACAAAAAUUGUUUUAAUCGGACGACGUAUUAAACGAAAGAAGAAAGAUUGGAGAUAUUUUGGAACCCUGGAUCCCUAUUCGCUAAUGGAAUUAAUAGACACUUAUCGGAAUGUAGUAUAAAGGACCUAGCUGAAAUAAGACAUUUCCUACACUGAUAUUCGUUUUCAUUUAUUUAAAUGGAAAUCAUUGACAUUAACUUCACUGUCAAUAUAUUCCAUUUAUUUCAUAAAAAGAAACUAAAGGCAAAGAAGGUAAAAGGAUAGCCCAAUAAUAUUGUGCCAUUUUACAAUUCAUACUGUUGAUGCCUCUUCAGGAAGGGCCUGGCCACAUGACCACAGCAUGGCAGAAGAGUGGUA